AUUGACGGGGACCCAGAGCUGCGGCUGCUGGACAAGGAGCCGGAGCUCUGGGUGCACACCGUCGACAAGCCCACGCUGGAAGGCCUCACAGACAAACAGGUCAAGAAGCAGGAGCACAUCUACGAGCUCAUCAUCACUGAGAAACAUCACUGUCGCAUGCUCAAAGUUAUGCAGAAGGUGUUCGUGGUGGGCAUGUCUAAGGAGCUGGGCAUGACAGCGGCCAGCAUACGGCGCGUGUUCCCCUGCCUAGACGAGCUACUGACGCUGCACUGCAGUUUCUUGUGGAGGUUGCGACAGCGGCAGCGAGAUAACCGCUACAUCGCAACCAUCGGGGACCUCCUGCUGGAGCAGUUCGUGGGGGACAACGCUCAGGGCUUCAAGGACGCCUACGGGGUCUUCUGCUCACACCAUCAGGACGCUGUGUCGUUCUUCAAGGAUCUUUGCAAGACAGACCGCCGCUUCAACGCCUUCAUUCAUCAGCGCUACUCUCACCCUCUCAUGAAGAAGAAAGGCAUCCCUGAAUGUAUAUUGUUCAUGACUCAUCGCAUCACAAAAUACCCUCUCAUGAUAGAGGCCAUCAUCAAGUAUAGCAGAGACCAGCAAGAAGAAACCGCCACUCUCCGCAGAGCUCUACAUAAUAUAAAGGUAAACAUGCAGCUUGGGUAG